GAUCGGUCUUAAUCUCACUGUUAUAUUUAUUUUCCAGAGAACUCAACGCAGGUUUACUUUUUUGAGCUCGAAAUAGAUGAAUCUAUUCUUGAAACGGUAAAGAAACUUCUCUCAGAGCUGUCAGCCAUAGAUGUGUCUGAUGUGACUGUUUCUAACGUAAACGCCACAACAGGUACUCAAAACAACACAAGUGAAAUCUAUCAGAGAAAAAAAGCCAAAACAAAAAUAUAUAUUUAUUUUUAAAUGUGUUAAAGUGCUGCUGUUGAUAUGCAGGACAUAUUUAACAUUAAAAAUAAUCUCCAUGUUUAUUGGACUAACUGGGUUAUUUACUCAAUGGCAAGAAGAUUAGCAUAAGGAAAUAAAAUGAAUGGAGAUAAAGAGGUUAGAAAGAAGUUAGCCAAUGCUCAGUGAGGGACUCACAGAUACCUUACAUGAGGCCAAUGACAAGAUUAUAAGAAUAUUACUCAACAUUAGCAGAAUGGAAAGGGAUAUUGAAGCAUAAUGUCACACAAUCAAAAUUAAAAACGAAUUCCUGAAAUUGUUUUGUUUAAAACAGAAAAAGAAACUUUAAAACUGAUUUAGCACAUAGAUAACCUGCAAUCCAUCUUCCAACUAUGCCACGUGUAUUGUAUCAUGACAUUGUGUUAAAAAAUGGAAACUAAAAUGAUUUUUAUUUGCAAGAAGUAUACGGUUAUUAUCUCUGCCGUUCUUCUGAAACCUUGUAUCUUCAUAUUUCAAUCAUUUUUAUUAUUAAAUCGACUUUAUUAGUCACCCUUUGUUUGUCAUUGGGCUUUGCAAAUUGCUGAUCAGUCUUAAAAAGUGCUUGUCGACAUUGUUUUCUCAGUGUUGUUCAGUGUUUGUUCUUUGUCUCCUGAAAACCUUUUGGACAACCGAGGUUUCAGAAGAGCAGUGAUAAUAUUCAUUAUAUUAUAUAUACAGAAUAUAUAAAUAUUUUCCAUUGUAAAAACAACUCAAAAAUAAUGAAUUUAAAAAAAUAGCUAAAAAAUAUAUAUUUUGUGUGUAGUGUGUACGUGGAAUGGAAACAAAAAACACUGUUCAUGUGAAGAAGGGUACACGUGGAGUUCAGAUGCGUGCACCACACAUAAGUGCUGCAACACUGAAGACUGCACAGUCACAGAUACAAAUGAUGUCAUGUGUCAGUCUGAUAAAUCAGUGAGCAUCAACGGAUCGUCUACCAUGAAUUGGAACUACAAUGACUUAUUUGAUUCAGACAACCAAAAAACAGAUAAUUAUGAAGAUAUAACUGGUGUCAUAACCGACUGGCUCAAAGGAAAUUUCAGUGAACUGCCGUGGUUUGAUUCUUUGGUUAUCACAGGUUUCAGAUCAGGCAGUUUGAUCGUGAACUAUACGGUGCAGGUGCUCGGUCGCAUUAACCUCACGCAACUUGAAAACAUUGCCACUGGAUUCAAAGAAACUCAACUAGUAACAAAAGGACUCGUGACUAUCAGUGUCCCUCAAGAACAACCUGUUGCUAUUGGUUCAAGUCCAACGAUUACCUGUAAGAGUCAAGAGGACCUGGGAAGUGUGAAGUGGGUCUUGACGGACACACAGAAUAAAAAGACAGCGAUCACCAAUGGAGCAGAAGCUAAACUGAGCAAUGACACAUUCACAGACACUGUUCAUCUGAAUAGAAUUUCAGGAAGUUGGAAAGGACUGUUUACAUGCGAGUAUACCAAAGCUCCCAUAACGCACAUUGCAACUGAAAUGCUGGACAUUGCACUUUUGCCAGACAUACGUGCCAGUAGCACUCCCCAAUUUCCUGACUGUACCGAUACAACAAAACGGAUACAGAUUCGUUUUCAGUGUACCAUUAAAGUCAGCACAGAAAAUUACACUGUUAGCUGGAACAGCUCUGACUUCAAGGAUCUCAGAAGUACAUCAUCAGAGACCAAAGGAGACUCCAUCCAUUACAAUGCAGAAGCAACAGUUAUCUGUAAAGACAUUUUGAUUAAUGAACUGGCGAAUGUCACAUGCGUGUUCACAAACAAUAGAGCCAAAGUAAAUGGGAGCAUGAAUAAGAAGGAAGUGGCUUUGAAGAUUCCCAUCAUUUACAGUCACUCAAUAGUCUGUGACGCUGACAAUCUUUGGCCUAAAACUAAAAGUUCUUACACGGCUGUUCUGGUUUGUGACUCUGGUGUUGGUGAGAACAGGAGAAACUGCACUGACGGUCAAUGGGGAACUGCAAUCUCUUAUUGUGUGAAUCUGGGCCUGUAUGAUAUUCAUAAAGAUGUUGAGGAAAUUGGUAAAGGAUUGGGUUUUAUUCGUGAAAACGCAGACCGUCUCAUCUCUUCAUUAAAAACAAUCACAACAACCGACACGACUGUUAACUCCUUUGCAAAUAUAAACAUAUCUGUAGAUAUUCUGAAACAAAUGAAUCAAGUGUCUAUAAAUCAGUCGCAUAAAUGGAACGAAGCCUUCAUGCCUAAUUUUGUAUCAACUAUAAGCAAUGUGUUGAAUGACACACAAGCCUGGAAUCAAACACAAAAUGCCAACAGUUUAUCUGCAGAUUAUCUACAGACUGUUGAGAAGAUGAUAAAGAACUCAAACCUGUCCUCUGUUAAUCACACAAGUGUGAACGUCCACCUCGUGACCUGUAACCCCAACAACUGUACGUCCUUCAAUGUCAGCGUCAAUACUGAGCAGAACGUUGUAGUCGUUGCAUUUAAGAAUCUUGCAGAUAUUUUACCAAAAACCCUGAAAAAUGAGACCUGUGAUUCAGGAACCACCAUCUUAUCAGUGACCGCAGUAAAUGGCACCACGAGUGACCCUCUGAAGAUGACAUUUUUUGGUAUACUAAGGCGUCGUAACCAUGAAAUGUAUUGUGUUUACUGGGAUGAGAAUGAGAAUGAGUGGUCCAGUGAGGGUUGUACGUGGGGUGGCGCGUUUAAUCCGAUGUUCUGUAACUGUACACACAACUCUGCUUUCACCAUUUUAAUGUCCAAACAUCCGGUAAACCUCCCGUAUAUGGAGGAACUGACUUACGCUUGUUUAGGAGUUUCCAUCGUUUCUCUUGUGCUGUGUAUACUGAUCGAGUUUUUGGUUUGGGACACGGUUGUGAAAUCAAACAUCGCCAAUUUCCGCCACAUAGCCUUAGUGAACAUCUCCGUUUGGUUGCUUCUUGCAUAUUGUGCGUUUUUAGGAACAGCAGAACCAAAGAAAACCAACUCAAGCUGGUGCUUGAUACUGACCGUGGUGAAACAUUAUUGUUUCCUGGCCGUCUUCUUCUGGACAUUGUGCUUGAGUUUUCUUCUUCUUCACCAGCUCAUAUUUAUUUUUGAACAGCUACGGAAGAAGGUUUAUUUGGCAUUCUCAAUCACUCUUGGUUACGUGUGUCCUUUAGUGUGCGUGGCAGUGACCUUUAUUCAUUUCGACAACGGUGCGGUUGGUAAAUACUAUUCGAAUGAGGCUUGCUGGCUAACAUAUGAAUCUGGGUUAAACGGGUCCAUCUUUGCAUUCAUUUUUCCGGUUGGUACUAUUGUGAUUAUAAAUAUGUUCACGUUGUGUGUGGUCAUCAUGAAAAUCGUAACGCCUGCUGUGUCUGAGGCCAAAGCUCGAGAUGAGAAGGCUGUUGUAAAGGGCAUCAUUAAGACCAUAGUUUUCCUGAGCCCUAUCCUUGGAAUAACAUGGAUCUUUGGAUUUCUUGUGUUCUGGCUGGAUCUUACACAGAAGCCUUAUGCCCAGAUUGUGAAUUAUGCAUUUACAAUACUGAAUUCACUGCAGGGCUUUUUUAUUCUGCUAACAAACUGCUUUGGAGAGAAAAGGGUUCGAGAAGCACUUUCAAAGCGUUUCAGAGGCAAGCCAUCAGUGCAUUCAAAAAGUAACUACUCGACCAAAAUGACAUCAGUGAUAAAGAAGAAAUGAUUGGACAGAUUUUUAAGAUGGAAGACUAUUACAGAUUCAAUUCUGACGGAACUAUGUGUGCCUCUGGAGACAGAAUAUAUUGUCACAUGAGUAUCUCCAGGGCUGGAAAUGACAGAAAUUCCAGUGGGAGGACUCUAGUUGGAAAGAUUUUUCUCAUAAUAUUACAAUUAUUUCAUGUUUUUUCCACCUGUUUUCUAGAGUAUAUUAUGAGUGAUGAAACCUUUUACAAGAAAUGUGUCCAAGGGUUUAAAAAUAUUGUGUAGAAUGUUCUGGUUGGCUCGAUGAAAAUGAACAAUUCUUAAACACAUGUAAAGGUGAUUCCAAGUAAGGCAAAAGGAAACAGAUAACAAGAAGUUCUUAAAGUGUAUCGAACCUAAUGUAACAUCAAGACACUACAACACCAGAUAUUGCAUUUACAGUUUUGACCAGCAUGUGUCGCCAUUUGUGUUUUGUUGAGUGCAUGUUGAGAAGCAUGACCAUGUUUUUAAAGAGAUAGUUCACCACAAAUCUUUAAUUCUGUCAUGAAUAACUCUCUCUAGUUUUUGAAAACCUGUAUAUUUUUUGUUCUGUUGAACACAAAAGAAGAUAUUUUGAAGAAUGUAGGAAAGUAAACAGUUCUGGGGCACUUUUGCCAACCAUUGUCAAUUUUCCUACUAUAGUAGUCAAUGGGGUGCAAGAACUGUUUGGUUACAAGGAUUCGUCCAAAUAUCUUUCUCUGUGUUCAACCAAACAAAGACAUUUAUACAGAUUUGAAACAACUAGACAAUUCAUGAGAGAAUUUUCAUUUUUGGGUGAAGUGUCGCUUUAAAGAUGUGUUGUGCGCUUGUGUGUAAGGUUGUUGUCUCCGCUCAUUAUAAUCUCUAUACUAUGUUUAUUGAUUCAGUUCUGUAGUGUGAGUCAUCCAAAUCUUCAUUUCUCAAAAAGCAUCACUGUUUAACAUAUUUUUCAAAUGUCAUGUGUUAUUGUGAAUGAGGCUUAACACCCCAAAGUAUGAAAAAGUUACUAUUACUUCCUUAACUUUCUAAUUUCACUUGAAUUCAUUUGUAUAAUUAAGAAUGUCUGAUAUGAAAAAAAUGAACACACUAUUGAUACUUGCAAAUGUAUAAAACAUGACCAUGUACCCGAAUAAAGAUACUGUACUUCU